AUGAAUGCGUCGUCGUCCGGGAAGAGUAUGGCGUUUUGUGGUGAUGGAGAUGAUUUGGCUGCUGGAGUGGCCGUGACGGAUGAAAAGGCUUUUGAUUUUGUGGCUGCUCGAGGUUUUCGAGGCAUUGCGACUCUGGAUGCUUGUUUAAGCGAUUGGAAUGCGAAGAUUGGCGUGAAUGAAAACCUCAUUGUAGGUGAGAUGUGCCUGGAUGGGAUUUGGUUCGAGUCUAGGCUUAUUCAUAUCAACGCCAUUGUCCGAUAUCAGACGCUGAAGUAUCUAAUAUCAUUCAGAAAGAUACCAUGA